AUGAUAUCAAGUUUACAUGUUACGUUGUUCAAUAUCAGUCACUUUAUAAUAAAGAAUUGUGGGAAACGAUGGCUUUUUAUGUUUGCGUCUUAUACGUGAAUGGCAUCAAAACUAUCGCACAAAAUUUGAUAUGUCGGAAAUUUGGCGACGCUGCAUAGUAGUUUUACGUCUAAAAUUUCAAACUUGUAUUUUGAUAUUUUUUCUAAACUGCAAAUUUUUGCAAGUGUUGUACACAUGCAUUUCAAACGCAAUAGAUAACUACAACGCGUUUGAAGAGGUUUACUAAAUCAUGUCGUAUCAAGACGAUGAAGAGGGCGUACCCUUUGAUGGUAAUCCAGGCUCUUUCCCAAAAGACUUUGGCUAUGGACCUUUCGAUGGAGACGGGGAGAUUUCAACUUUGUCUGGUGACUCGAAACCGAGAAUUCUCCUCAUGGGCUUACGAAGAUCAGGGAAAUCGUCAAUACAAAAAGUAGUAUUCCACAAGAUGUCUCCAAAUGAAACACUGUUCCUGGAAAGUACAAAUAAGAUAGUUAAGGAUGAUAUAAACAAUUCAAGCUUUGUGCAAUUUCAAAUUUGGGAUUUCCCUGGGCAGAUAGAUUUCUUUGAUUCAGCCUUUGAUUAUGACAUGAUAUUUGGAGGAUGUGGAGCUCUCAUAUUUGUCAUAGAUGCACAAGAUGAUUACCUAGAAGCCCUGAACAAGUUGAAUCUGACGGUUACCAAGGCAUAUAAAAUCAAUCCGAAUAUCAAAUUUGAAGUGUUCAUUCACAAAGUAGAUGGCUUAGGUGAUGAUUUUAAAAUGGAGUCACAAAGAGAUAUUCACCAGAGAGCCACUGAUGAUUUGAAUGAUUCGGGCUAUGAUCAGAUUCAUCUCAGUUUCCAUCUUACCUCAAUAUAUGAUCAUUCUAUCUUUGAAGCUUUUUCAAAAGUUGUACAGAAGCUUAUCCCACAGUUACCUGCCUUAGAAAACCUAUUGAAUAUACUGAAUAAUAAUUCAGCAAUUGAGAAAUCUUUUCUGUUCGAUGUGGUGUCAAAAAUCUAUAUUGCCACAGAUUCCACCCCUGUAGAUAUGCAAAGUUAUGAACUAUGUUGUGAUAUGAUAGAUGUAGUGAUAGAUGUGUCAUGGAUAUAUGGUGUUAAGGAAGAGCAAGCACAACAAGAUGGAACUGCUUUUGAUGAACAAAGCUUUAGCCUUAUAAAAUUAAACAAUGGUACUGUGUUAUAUUUAAGAGAAGUCAAUAAGUUUCUUGCUUUAGUAUGCAUACUGAGAGAAGACAAUUUUGAUCAUAAAGGUACUGUAGACUUCAACUUCCUGAUCUUUCGCAAUGCAAUUCAGCAAGUAUUCGAGUUCAGGAACAAAUUGCAAUCGACACCGAUCACGAAUUCCAUCGGUAGCCCCGUAGUGACGAAUGGAAACAGUGUCUUGGCAGAUGGGCUGUCGAAUUAAUCAUUUUGUACAAAAAUAAACAAUCUGUGUCUGUGCUUUUAAACGUGCAGAGUGCGGACCGCAAACCAUUAUGGGAUGAAGAGCAGUUACGCGUACUUGUGGCAGGUUCAAAAGAGGAUUGGUAUUCGACAGUAGGCUGGAACAGUUGCCACAGGCUUAGAAAAUUUGAGAAAAUUUAAUUUGUACGAUUUGCAAAUUUAUCGAAAUUUUUACAACUUUCAAUUUUUUUUUGAAUAUCUUGGAAAUUUUGAAGGGUUUGAAAAUAUUGGCAGCUGACUAAUUUUUUUUAGAACAAAAAUUUUGGUAGUUUUGAAAAUGUCGAAGAUCAUGCAUAUUUCGGAAAUUUACAUUUUGAAAAUAUAUGAUGCCUAUUACAGUUUACUGUGAUUUGCAAAUGUUAAGUCUUCCCUCGAACGUUCCUCAAGGGAGUGUUAUUGCUGUUUAAAAUCUUAGGAGAAAUCAUUCCGCAAGCAGUGCUCAAUUCUCAAAGAACAUCUAUAAAUGUGACUCUGUGUCACUUGUUAGCAUAUUGUUAGUUUGAUCCAAGAUGUCUUCAUUCUGUAAACUGCGGCUGCAAUUUGUGGGAUUUAACCACAACUUGAUUGAAAGUCCUGAGAAUAUAUUGAGUGUUCUAAAAUAAUUUGUUUUCAAUGAGAAACGGAAAUGGCAAAUCGAAAACGCGCAAAGUGUCUUAUUGAACUGAUCGCUGAAAAUCAGGCGUUUCCGUUUAUCAUGUUUGUACAUCUUACUGUCAGUCCAAACUGUUUAAAUCUUCGGGAAAAACACUUUUGUCAGAUAUCUCUCGACUUAUUGGCUGUGGUUCGAACCCCUUUGAUAUGUAACAUAAUACAUGAGCAAUGCGAAGGAUAUGCUUGUUGUCAAUGCUCUUCUUUGAAAUACUCCAUGAGUUAUCUAUGAAUAUUGAUUGAUCUUGUCGACUGAUAAAAAUCAGCUGUAUCCCGUUACUCUUAUCAUCGAAGUGAUUAAGCAUUUUUGAUAUUCAGCUUGUGAAGAUUAUUCCUUUGAACUGUUCACUGCUACUGCGGACACUGAGGUCUGUUCUGGAGUUAUAAUUUUCGAUGACGCGCUCACGCUUUUUGAGUAAUAUAAGAUGAUAAUACACUUUUUGCUGCCUGAAAUUCAAACCUUUGAUCACCAGGAGAAUUGUUUUCAACAAGAUUCUGCGGAGCUACUUGCAACACAGUAUGUGGAACCGUGUGAAAGUCAAAUGUAUUACUCUUACUCUAACUUAUGACAAAGUGAUUACUAUGUCAACUGGACUAUUAUUCCGUCUUAAUUCCGCGCUCGCUGUCCACUGACCGUCGACUGUGACUUCCGGUAUCUGGCCGUGUAUUUAUUUCCCUGUCGGCGAGUCGAGAAAUAUGCCAGUUUCUUUCAGGCCGAGUCGGGAACUUCUAUGGAAGUGGUCUAGAUGGCAGAAGAUUAAUUUCCAGCUUAUGGAGAUUAUUCGUUUGAAAUGUCAACUGUUACUGCGGUCAAUGUGGUCUGUUCUGGAAAUGUAAUUUUCGAUCGCGUGCUCAAACUUUUAGAGUAAUAUUUAGCGACGAUGAUAACACACUAUUUGCUACAUGAAAUUCAAGCCCAUUAUUUUCAUGAGAGUUGUUUUCAACAAGAUGGUGCGGAUCUAAGCACGGCCUGUGAAAUCACAUGAAAGUCAAAUUUAUUACUCUUACACUAAUCUAUAACAAAUUUAAAACUAUGUCGACUGGACUAUUAUUCCAUCUUAAUUUCGCGGUCGCUGUACACUGACUGACUACUUCCGCCAUCGGGUCGGGUAUGCAUUUCCCUAUCGACGAGUCGAUAUUCCAGUGUUUUCCAGACCAAGUCGGAAACUUCUCUGGAAGUGGUCUUGAUGGCAGAAGGUUAACCUCCAGACGUGUCGAAUAUUCGCGAUGGCAUCCAGAACGCCCCAGAAUGUGACCACGCUCCAUACAUGGUCGCGUAAUUUUGGUUGUCUAAGCGUCGACAGUAGAAUCGGAAUUCCAAAAUUGACCACGUUAGUCGCAGACAUGCAAGAGCGGAUCCAACAAUUUUUUUAACAAUAAAGAUACCCAGACGCAUUUAAUUGCUCUUUGCUCUAUUUUUACAUGCUUUUUUAAAAUGAAUAUCUAAAUGAAUCGCCUCUGAUUAUUCGUAAAAUUAUUAUUUUUUCUCUAUACACUCUAAACACAUGGAGCAAAAUACGCACUUCAUAAAGGAGAUAGUGGUCAGUAUGUUCUCAAAAGACCUUAUCCACAGUGAAAGUCUGACCGAGUAUUUUGAUAUCAUUAAUUUGCUUUAGGCGAGCAUUGGUAAUAGGCAUCAUCCGAUGCUUAUAUACGCUUUAUACUGUUAUAUAUUUUUAUAGUUUUUAUAAACUCGAUGUCGAGUAUAAGAUCGAUUUAGUUUCAGUUUACUAUCACGAAUUAACAGCUUAUAAUCAGUAUAAUGUUCUGUCCUACACGUUUUAUCAAUGAUUAGCAUUGUCUUUAGGACAAAAUAUUACGCUCAAAAUAUUAAUUGAAAAUCAUGUAUCUAUCCUUAUUUUCCAAGCAAUGUUGACACAUUGGCCACCGUUUCAGUCACUGGUGAUUGACACUAAACUAUUCCAAUGGUGCCAUCAAAACUAUUUUAAAUUUGUUAUUUAGCGCUGGCAGUCAUCGAAAUAAAUAAAAUAUUUGAGUUCAAUGUGUUAAUGGCUUGUUUGUAAAAUUCCUGUUCAACAGAAUUUCAGAUGUUAAUAAAAUCUUGCUUAUAAAAUAUUACGUUAUCUACAUAUCAAGCUACAAGCUUUAAAAAUAAUAUUUUUUCGCAGAAGAUUGAUAUUCUGGGCACCUAAGUUUGUCCAAAAUAAAAUAUCUUCUAUUCUGAUUUAUUUUUUUUAUGACACUAUCGAAUAUUCCAAAAGUUCAAGAAUCAGAAAUCCGUACUUCUUUUUUAUUUGAAAGUUUUAAAACAGAUUUUAAUAUUUAGAAUAUAUCUAUCGUUUCUUUUUAAAUUUACACAAACCAAAAUAUCCAGAAUUCUGCACUUUUGCAACUGAUUUAAACUUUUGUGUCAUAAAAUAAGACAUUUCUGUCGUAUAUGAUGAAGCGUACUGUUAUAACUUUUUGUAUCUAUUUAUGUUGAGAUUUUAUUGUAAUAAAAAAUUUAAACAUGAAUA